UGCCCGCCCCGCUCGCCGCCGCUCGCCCGCUGGCACAUCCCGCCCGGCGGAGGGGGGCGAGGAGCGCUCUCCCCGCCAUGGCCUUCACCUUCGCCGCCUUCUGCUACAUGCUGUCGCUGGUCCUCUGCGCCGCCCUCAUCUUCUUCGCCAUCUGGCAUAUAAUUGCCUUUGAUGAGCUUCGGACAGACUUCAAGAGCCCCAUCGACCAGUGCAACCCGGCGCACGCAAGGGAGCGGCUGAGGAAUAUUGAGAGGAUUUGCUUCCUCCUGCGAAAGCUGGUGCUGCCGGAGUACUCCAUCCACAGUCUUUUCUGCAUAAUGUUUUUAUGUGCUCAGGAGUGGCUCACACUGGGGCUGAAUGUUCCUUUGCUUUUUUAUCACUUAUGGAGGUAUUUUCGCUGCCCAGCAGAUAGCUCAGAGCUGGCGUAUGAUCCACCUGCAGUCAUGAACGCAGAUACCUUGAGUUACUGCCAAAAAGAGGCCUGGUGUAAGCUGGCCUUCUACCUCCUUUCCUUCUUCUACUAUCUCUACUGCAUGAUCUACACUCUGGUGAGCUCUUAACUGAAAGAUCAUCGCUAAAGACUGAAAACAGCAAAGGCUGGAGGUGCAAGGACGAGUGAACCAAGGGAUGCAUGAUUAAAAAAAAGCAAAGAGAAGAACUUUGAACCCAAGCAGUAAAUACGGUACAUGAAAGAGAGAUCCAGCAAAGAGAAGCAGAAUACCAUGGGAGAAUGGCUGAGUUAAUUGUGUUUGUCUCCUGUUUCUCAAUGUAUUGCAACAAAUGAUUUUCAAAACCCAAGCAAACAAAAAAAAUUGCAACAACAUGGGCCAAAUUAUACAACUUUUCACCUCUGCAGGGAUAAUGCUGCUUGGUUUAGUGGACUCAUUAAAACUGCAAUCCCUGUAGUCCCUGCUGUCUUCCAGGAAGCAGCAUUUCUUUUCUUAAGGACUAUUCUGGACUGAGGAAGCACAGGACAAGAUGAUCUUACACAGGAGGAAGAGCUGAAAAUGAGCACUGAGUGGACUUCAGAACAGAUGUGUGACUGUCCUGCAGGGCUGUUCUCAUGACACUAGUCAAACAGGGAUGUCAAAUAUCAUGGAACUGCUUCAGUGGUUUUGGUUUGUUGGGUUCUUUUAAUCCAACCAAAACAACAUUAACAAAAGAGUUUGCAGUUUCAGUGGUCUGUAUUCUAACUAUAUGCUCUUCCUGCAGGUGAACAUCCAGUAUAUUUCUGUACUUCAUUUGUGAUGCACCAAAUAUCACCAUACAGUGAGAUGUAGAAAUACAGUGGGUUUAACCUAAUCAAGCUUAUCAGAAUAGUGUUCCUCUGACUGAAAAAAAACCAAACCAGGUAAAAACUUGCAUAUAUUUAAAGAGGAUUUUAAUGUAGCUAUUAUAUUCCUCACAGUGCUGGAUAGCAAAUACUGGACCAGCUGAUUGUGGUUUGUAAUUCUGCUUUGCAGUUUUACUUCUGCUGUAAAAUUUAAGCUGGAACAAAUACAAAAAAUGUCUUUGUCUUGUAUGAGGUUCCUCUUGAAAGAUGUUCAGUUUUUUAUAAUUUAAAAGUUUUAAAAUUUUGUCAUAGGGUUUUCAUUCAGAUUCAUUUAUAUGGGGUGCAUAUCUUUAUACAUAUGUAUGUAUAUACAAAUACACAUCUACAUAAAUACCCACAAUCUAUUUACAUUUUAGGUUAAUCAGUUUGACAGGGCAAAGGUAUGAAGUGUCCAGAACUGCUGCUUCUGAAAUAAAUAUAUUUCAGUGCUGAACCCAGACUCAUUCCCUCAAAGUCACUGGUGCUGUGGGUAGCAGCAAGGCUGUAAACUCGAGACUAACACCGGAGCCUUCACAGGCACUGCUUGGCUCUUGCAUUGGAAUGAGCUAAUAAGGUGUGUUUCUACCAGAGAUUGGCAGAGAAGAGCGUGGAGAGGCCCAUCUGUGCCCUGGCUUGUUCUCAGCUGGUCCUGGUAGCACGAGCUCGCUGCUCACCACGUUUGGUCUGGCUCCAGACGGAUCCUGUACCAGGCUCUGAGGUGGUGUUAGGCUGGGCACAGCACUCCAGCAGGAGAGAUGCAGUCUCACAAUGGCUGCUGAGUCACCCCAUCCCUGGUUCCUUAUGGAGCUGGAGUUGCUGUGUGCCUGCAGUGCCAGGACUCUGCUUUGGUCUGGCUACAUGGACAUUAAAUCCUGUUAACCAGCAAAGCACGGUGGCUGCAUGCUAACACUCUGCCCGUGCCUUGGCUCCCAAAUCCUGCCUGGGCAUUGCUUGGAAUGGGACUAGCUGGCCUAACAACAUUUAUAUGAAGUUGUCCCAAGGGUUGACAUUCUUUAAUUUACACAAGUUUCAUUCAUUUUCAGUAGUUUUUAUUGGAUGCAUUUUGUCUUCAUACAAUGUAGUACACCCAGUUCUAGAAGCAUCAGACUGCUAAAUCAGAUGUUGGGAAGAUGAUCUGGACUCUGAUGAUUUGUGGGUUUUGAUUGCACAUGCCACAGAGGUGGCUGAAGUGUUCUUGAAAUUACACUGGCCUUGCAGACAGUACAGAUAUGUUCCCUUGGAGUGAGCCUGAGCUAAGAAACUUCACUGGAUCAUUGCAAACCUAACUGAUAAAGCUCUGCUGCAGUGGAAUAAGUAAUGCACAACCCAUGAAAAGCUGGUGAUUGUCUGUAACUGAAUUUCUUCUCUGCAUCCUAACUAAAGCAUCUAGUUCUACAACAGUGUAGGAACUAGAUUCACAGGAACAAAUCACAGUGAAUAACUUCUAGAUGCCUUGCUACCUCAUAAAACCUUCAUCUCUGAGCAGGUGACUGAAUCUUUCCAUGCAUCUUCUAGGAUUUUGUAGGAGAUGAAAAGAAAUUAAUUCAGGUUCCCUGUAUUCCAAAUACAUGCUUUAAAGUCAGUUUCAUUGAAAGGCUUGGAAUUUUGUGAGGUUGAAUGGGUAAAAGUAUGAUCGCUUCUCACCUGAAAACACACAGUUUUCAAAUGCUAAGGUUUAGGGGUGAGCUGGACUGCUAGCAGGUCAAUUGUUUGCCUGCAGGGAUGAGUAGAAACUCUGAGUUUUUGUAACUGGCACUGGUCUGUAAUUCCUGACUUUGCACAAAAAGCAAUUGUGUAUGUGGGUCUUCUGAAUGCAUCCUCAGGGGACUUCAAGGACUUGGUCAUUUGAAAGAAGUUCUCUAUUUCAGGCAACUUUAUCGAUACACUUCCCAAACUCCACUGGAAAGCAGAACACUCCAUUUGAUCCUACUGCUGCUUUGAGCUAGUGUUUCCAGGAUUUCACUGCUCUGGUACUAGAUUUUUUUUUUUUUUUUUUUUUUUUGUAUUUCCAGAGUAAAUUUAUUCUUAGGUAAUUUAUUCCACUUGCCUAAGUACUCUUUCUCUCAGGCCACUUAAGAUUUCAAUAUGUAGAGAAAGAAGUCCUUUUCACCCUCCAUCCUGUUAAAAGUGAGCUGUCUUGUGUCCUCCCAUAGAAAACUGUUCCCCAUGUCUUCUUUAAAGGGUUUCUCCAUUCUUUCCCGUCAAAUUAAUCUUUCUUAAGAGUGGAUAAUCACAGCUGUUCAGAGUAUUCUGGAGAAUAUCUUGCUCUAAUUAGUCCUUGCUGUGGAUGGACAAUGACAGCUAACAGUCUCAGUUCUGUCCAAUAGUACUUAUUCAAAAAAGCAACCACACAGCUCUGAAUAGCAUUUUGUUUCUCUUCGAAAUCAAUCUUAAAGUUGAUGGAAAAACUGAUUAAUAUUAGGGUACUUUCCCUUUCAUUGAAUUUAGUCUGCAGGUCCAGGAGUUGGACUCAAUCCUUGUGGGUCUCUUCCAGCUCAGGAGAUUCUGCUUUAACCAAAGCAAGAGAGGUAAACUGUGUAGUUUUGCUGAAGAAUAGAAAAAAAUACUGUGAUCUUUGGUCACAAGGAGUGUCUUCCCCAUGUCACACUUUUGAGGGAGAAAUAACCUAUGCUAUCCUUUCUGUCUCCAGUUCCUCUGUUGGUUAGUGGAGACUGGAGAUUUCCUCUGCAAUUUCCUGCUUUCUUCCUGUCUCUUUUCCCAGAAAGGCGAAUGUCAUUAUUUAGGAGCAGAGUUCUCUUCUCUUACAUGUCUGAUGCUAUAGACAAAUCCCAGAAGACAUAAGAAAACACAUCAUCACUCUUUGCUCCUUCAGAAGCAGGUGUGAAAUAAGCACAUUCUUAAAUAAUUUCCUCAAACUGAUUAGUUUGCACCUUCUGUGAUAUGAAAGAGGCGAUACUUACCUUUUGAACUCUUCCCAUACAUGUUGUACCUUUUUUUUUUUUUCCCAGUAACUUGAAUCUGCUUAAAGGAAAAAGGUAAGAGGUGGAAAAAGGUGGGAGAGGAUGAGACCUGCAUGAGCUGCUUACCAAAGAGGCAUCUACACAGCAUGCUGACCUUUAGCUGCUUGUUCCUGGAAGGGAUGAAAGGCAAAGUCUCCUAUUUAUAGUCAGGUAAUUGCAGUGAUGCUGAAUAAAAUUGUUGCUGCUCUGACUGUUUCAGUUUCAAGUACAGCAAAUCAGUGCUGAUAGCAGAAUGCUUCGCCUACAAAUAAUUAACUGUACUUAAGCUGUCAGAAGUGUUUUUCCAUCUGCUUCCUUGAGCCAUACUCUUCCUUUUGCACUAAGCCCCUGAAAAAGAAAGAAAAAGUUCUUCAACCUACACCUUACAGAAACUGCUCUGAGGUUGUUAUCAUCUGGCACUGCUGUUGGGGUCUUGAGUAGUCCCACAUUAUUAGCAAGGGUAUUACCAAUCUAUUGCUCUUCCUUUCUCCGUUCCAUCUCCACACAGAUACUUCUGACAAAAAAAAAAAUUUAAAAUCACAGCGCACGAUCCAAAAUCCUUGAAUUUACUGCAGGUUAUUUGUUUCCAAUAGGAAACAAACAAAAUGUUUCCAUUUAAGGCCCAUUCCCUCUACAAUUGGAAUAGGUUCACACUGUAAAGUCUCUAGACUUUUAUUGGUAGGGAUUCCAUCCUUUAGAUCUUGAUACCACAUCCAUUUAACUGAAUUAUGUUAAUGGAAAGAGAACCUGCAUUUUUGAGGGAUAAGGGUAACAUUUCAAUGUUCAUGUCAAACUGCAACAGAAAGUUAUACCAACUUGGUAAAAAUCUGGCUACAUGGAAGUUGAUGGAAAUCAUACCUUUUGUUUCAUGUGAACCCCACUUAAUAAUCACAAUUUCUACCAUGAGGUUGGUGAAAAAUUUAAAAUAGAAAAAAACCCAAACAAAUACAAUAAGUUUAGUUCAUUAAAGAUGUUAUUGGAUGUUAGAUAAAGUUUGGGUUGCUACAAAUAGAGCAGGAGAUGAAAAGGUCAAAAUAAACCAAAAACUGGGUUUUUUAUUCUUUGGAAGCAAUGAAUAUUGGGCUGCCAUCCAUGCUGCACUGAACUUUACAUUGGUGAUCUCAGUCCAGAUUCCUGCUCUGGUGAGUUUUUUGAUCAUCCAUUGCUCAUGAACACAUUGUUCUGAUUUAUUUUUGUUCUGCUCAGUAACACGGUUGUAGGUGGGAAGGAGGGAAAUUUCUCCCAUGAAAUACCAUAUUCCUCCUCUUUUCUCCCAGCAAACAUGUGAACAUGCUGUAACAAAAUUCUGAUGUGUUUCAGUGGUACACCUCAACCAAAGAAUGAAGUUCUUUGCUGCAGACAAUAUUCUGAUGCAAUUUAAUAAACCACAGGUCUAGAAAUAUUUUUUAGUGCCUGCACACUUGAAGUAGUUAUUUUACUACCUCUACUUGCUGGCCAACAUCCCAUGUAAGAGAAAAUACACUUCUGUGGCCCAACUCCAUUACUUUCUGCAUAGUCAAACUCUCAGUAAAAGUCUGAGGAAUGUAAAGUGCUUUUAAUUUUUUUUUCUAAUUAUGAGACCGCCAUAUGUAAGUAAUAUAUUAUGGCAAUGGAAUAAAGCAUUAAAAGCCAAAAUAUCUGUUUAGUCUAAAUCUUGAAGAGAUGUUACUCCUUUUUUUUCCUAUAAAUCAUUCCUAAUAUCACCAGUCUUCUGACAGACCUGAAGAAAUCUGCCUAUCGCACUGUUCUGCCAGUUUCAGUCUUUUUAAACAGAUUUGCAGCCACUGAUCAUUAAUGGGAAGCACUUGAUCAUUAAUGGGAAGCACUGACUGGAAAGAACAACUUUUACAGACCACCCCAAGAUUUAUGGAAACAUCUUAAAUAACACAGAAGUCAUCCAGUCUUAUGGAAUACCUCUCACCUGUAAACUAUUACUUUUAUUACUUAUAUUGCUAUAUUACUUUUAUAGUUAUAUAAGUACCAAGCACUUAAUAUUAAAGGUAAUGCAUAGUACAAGUCUUGUAGAACAGGCAAAGCAGGAUUUCUCUCUGUGUUCGAUGAGUUCUUAUGAGAUGGAGGCACUUCUCCCUGGUACUGCACAGCUGAAAUUGGGAAUUACACCUCUAGGUGAUAUUAUAAUCCUAAAUAAUGUAUAUUUUCUCUCAUGGGAGUGGAGAAUUCAGUGAAAUUAGUCAGAAUGCAUUUUUUCCACUGCCACCAAGAUGAGUACCUGACCAGGGCUGUUGCUGUGCCUCAGGGCCUCCUGACAAACUGCAGUGUGCUUCAGCCUCUGAAUGCCUAUGUGCUGUAAUUUGAUGCUGCCAGAAAGCACUAAAAUGUAAAGAAUAGUGAUCAGAACUGCUCCCCAUUUUAGUAUUUCGCACCUUUCUAAUUUGUUUUGACUUUACCCAUUUAUCCUCUUCCUUUAUCACACAGUGGAUCCUAUUUCACUCAUCUUUCAGUGCUGCAUUUAAAGCAAACCCAGUGCAAGCUCAGACUAAAGCAGUGGCACUGGUUCUAGUCCAAAUUCUUCAUCUACAUGUGGACAUUUAUUUGAGAAUAGAAUUAUCCUAGUUUGGUUUGUAACUAGGUGCGAAUGGAAAUUAGCUGUUUUGAUAGACAUCCUUUCCAUCCUGGAAAGUGAAUAAAGCCACAUUCAUGCAGCAGUUGUAUGUUUAAAUGUGCAUUAACACAAAUUUGUUAUUAGCCUAGAUCAACAGCACAGAAGUUGCCUCAGUCUGGCAAAGGAUGAUGUAUUUUUGUAGGCAUAACCCAGCUGCAGAGCAGCAGAGCUGUGCUCGCAGAGGGGAGCAUGUCCCAUUUACAGGCACUGGUGUAAACUUCCAUGGUGUGGAGUCCUGCAGGUUGCUGGGGGGCAUUUGGCCUCUUUUAACCCUUGUUUCCUCCACUACAGAUUAGAUCACCCUUGAAUUUUGCCACCUAACAUUUUGAUUCUAGAUCUCAAGUUCAACCCUGAAGCAGACUUUUUUUAAUGCAUAUUGAUACAUAUUUAUAUUGUCUGAGACGUUGCAUGAGAUGAACUUUAAAGGAAUACAAAGUGGAUUUUAUAUCCCCUUUAUUAUCUGUUUAUAGGCUUUUAAAUAUUUCCGUAUUUAAUUAUGUCCUCCUUGAUAUGCACAUACCCACACAGGCCAUCUAAUAGCUAAAUAAAUUCUUGUCUGUUAAUAUAAUGAACAAAGGAAGUGCUCUUCUGUUAUCUUUGUGUCUUAUCUGCCACAUGAAGCAGGUCCAAACAAUAACAUUUCUUAUGGGGUUAUACUGAACAAGAAAAGGAAGCUGUAUUUCUAGGAUGUUAAUUGAGAGUACAUUUUUGACAAGUGCUGCUGGCUGGUUCAGAGUUGCUGCUGUGGGGUCAUUGUAAGCCAUGCCACCUCAGGUCAUUUGAGAGCCUUUUUUCAAGGGAUGUCAAAGAUAUUCCAUGAAUGUGCUCCUUCUCUGACUCUUUGGCCUUGAAAACCAAGAUGCAGUUAGCAAGGUCUGCAGGAGGAAACAAAAGCUUAUCAGUCCUGCCUGUCACCCAGAGCACUGUCAUAAUCCCAGCAGCAUGCAGUGCUUUGGCUUUGAAUAUUCUGUGGAGGAAUCUGUUGUAUUUUCUUGCGUGUGUUUUCCUUAUGAGACCAACCAGUGCCCCUUUAUGUUAAUUAUUAAAUAAGAUUGUUAAUUGUAUUGGAAAAUGUGAUUCACUCUUUCAAAACCUGUUGCCUUUAAAUAGAAGCAGUAUUUAUCCUUCAAGAGCUUCCUGAAGUGGUAGUGGCAGCAGCAGAAUUUUAAUGUGCCCUCUCUCAUUCAUCAUUUGAAGUCUACAACAACAAGCGAUGAAUCUUUGAUGAACCUUGUCAUGCUUCCUUCCAGUUGUAAUAGCAGUUUUAUAAGCUUCAGAGAAGUUCAGAAGUAGUUUGCUAAGACUGUAUCUACUUUUUUAGAAUCUGUGAGCACUCAGCCCAGAACUGAUACAUCACUGGGUUAGAAAGUCUCAUCCCUGUGUUUCUGGGGUAAAUGAAAACCUAUGUACCAUAUAUUACAAGUUUAUCUUCCAGAGAAAUCCCAAUAAAAGCUGCCAGACCACAGAGAUCCUUUUAAAUAUACAUAUAUAUAUAUAUACAUAUAUAUUUAGUAAAUCUACUGACAGUAUCUAUAGACAAUCUCUUAUCCUGGAGCACUGGGUGCAAUUAUGAAUUGAUGAUGAUUCUUUUCAUUCGAUUGUAGGGCUCUGUUUUCUCUCUGCAGCAUGUUUUGACACCCAUGAAACAGCUUCCAUCUCCAGCAGAUAAGGGUACAGAUUUUAUCAGAGAUAAACAGUGUGCUCUCAAAUGAGGACAUUACUUUUGUCAUUUCUUGUUUUGUCAUCCUGUUUUUGUGCCUUGCUGUGCUAGAGGCUAGAGUCGGAACUACUGAGCACUCAAAGACCUGGAAAUUUGUUUACUGUUAACACAACCUUUGCAGUCACCAGUAUUGUUGGCUACAAAAAUAACUUGUCCUUUUAAAAGAAACUUGUCCUGGAACUUUUUGACUUGCAGAAACUCGUGAAUUAAGGCACAUCUGUGUGGCUGCCACAUUCCAAGCCUUUCAAAAAGACAGAGCAACCAAUCUACAAAAGAUUCCUGGCACUCUGCAUAGCCCUAACGGAGCGGAGCUGUUUUGUCAUGUCCUUGCCAAUGGCUGAGGGCAAUGUGCUUUUGAUAGGCUCCAUCCUGCCUUGCUGAUCCUGACUGCUGGAGUGGUUCCCAAGUGGAGCUGCUGGCCCAGGCGUGUUAAAUGAUGGGCUACUCUGCCAGUUCUAGCUCUGUUUCUCCAGUGUUUCCGUUCAGCUAUACAUCAAAGGGAUAGAAUAACACUGGAGAGGGGCAACAAAAAUACACAGGUUGUUUAGUGGGUCUCUGCUGGUUGGUGGGGAGCCUAAAGACUCCUUCAAUCCUCUCAGGGCAGACAGGUAUUCAUCUAUUCUGCCCAAAUAAGAAUAUUUCGGUUUCAGUCAUUGGUGAAUUAACAAGGCUGUAUGGGCAGAAGUUAAUAUAUUGGGGAAACUUCUUCAUCAGUAGUGGGUGCAAGAGGUGACCAAAUGAUACUGGAAGUGUUUUGUUCUCUUUUAAGCCAGACUUUGAGUCUGCAGUUUCUCCAGAAUGUUCAGAAAACUCUCACAGUUGGUCUUUGGAAUCUGGCUAUGAGAUUGGCAAAACAGAAGAUCCUGAUGUAUCACCUUUACAAUAUCCAUUAUCAAAUUCUGUGAUGAACAACAACAUCUCUUCUUUGUGAGUAAUACCAGAAUUCUGUGUGCUUAUACACCUAUUUUUCUAUGCCUCAUCUCCCUUUCUGAGAUGCCAUAGCUGCGUAUAUUUUUAGCUGGGGUGAUAUGAACAACAUUUUUGUAUUCUCUGUGUCAUUCAUUGUUCUACUUCACAUGCAACUGUGUGUGGUUUUCUCUUUUUUUAUGUUUAAAUUGCAGCUGCCAUGCAGGAGUGUUGCCUGAGCUCUCCAACUCCAGCUGGGCAGAUAUCCAGCUGGGCAGAUUGAGCUGAGAUGUCCAGUUGGACCAAUUCCUUACUCGAAUGUGGAAUCCAAACCAGCUACUUCUAAAACUGAAAUACCUUACAGCUUCUGCUCUGGCCUGUGAUUCUGCAGAAGCAGACUAGAACACUCCCAAAUGGAAAUAUUGUUCAUCCCAAUUUCUCAAGCAGAUUUGUAAGAGGGAGAGGAGAGAGGGAAGAGAGAAGUGGAUGAAGAAAAUUAGCCUUGAAGGGAAGCAGGGCGGUAUGACAAAAACAAAACAUCUGUUCUUCUGGAACAGCCAGUUCUGUUCCUCCAGUCUAGGAGGCUCCUUUGUUUUAAUAAUCAGUGUUAUGGGUAGGUGAUCAUCUGAGCAGGCCCACCAGACCUUUUUUUGGGGUAAUUUUUUUUGUGUCAUUGCUGCAAACAUGAGAAGCAGAUGAACUAUUGUACUCUGACACAGGCUCAGUGUGUGAUCAUGGACAACUGGCCUGAAAUUUCUACGCUGCUGUUAUUUCAUCCCUGCCAUGGAGAUUAAAAUACUGUCUCGACACCACAUUGUCAGGUUUAGCUAUAGCUUGUAAAAUAAUUUGAAUGCAUCAGGUCUGACACAUUUCACUAGUAAAAGAAAUCCUUUUCUAAUGAAGAGAGGCAGCAUAUUUUAAUAUUUCAAAUACUUGACAGGGCAGGCUCGGUUUAUUUCUGAUUACCCUAAUGACUUAUUGUCAAUGAGGCAUCACUUCAUUUUUAAGAGCACUGAUUUCCCCUUCUCUCCAAAUUUGAUUGAAUGUUCAAACAUCCUGUUUUGUAAUGCACAAGGAAAUUUCCAGAUGGAAAAUACCAGCGAGGAAAGCACAUUAUCACAGCUCAUAAGUGCUGUGUACCCUUCAAAGGAUUUUGAAUGGUUAACAAAUUGCAUGUCUUCUUAUGAAAACUGCCUUGGCAGCAGAAGUUUUAAAAAUGACACUGUGAAAAUGAUGGCAUUGUUUUUAAGAAAUUGUAAGUCCUUAUUUGCAUAAUAGCCCAGCAAGUUCAUCUGUUCAGAUCCUGCUUGCAAGAAAACCAAUGCAUUUUUUUGGCUCUCUGAGCAAUCCACAGACACAUGGGUUGUGACACAGAGUGUGGAAGAUUUCCAGGUCUGACUGCAGGAUGGCUCCAGGGUUAUAAUAUUCAGCUGACUGUUCUCAGAAUUACCUAGUUUUAUUCAUGUUCAUCAAGUGAAGGGGGAGACAAAGACCCUCUGCAAAAUAGUGCUUGUGUAAUCCUGUAAUUCAGGUUGGUGGAAUCAAUUCCCUGGAGAAUCUGAGAAUGAAAACUCACAUAUCCAAUAUUGGAGUCUGACAAGUGAUCACUCAUCUCAAUUACCAAAGUGCACUUUUUGCUCUCAGCAGCACAGCAGGUUGAGUUGUGACUUACAUAAACAAUUUUUUAUAGUGGAUCAAAAAUCCAUUAAUUUUCAUUUGGAGUAUUUAAUUUAUUAGACAAGUUGGGCUUGCACACUGGGAUAGCAAUUCCAUUAUAUUUCUCACUUUAAAAAUUGCAGUUAAAAACAAAAUGCCCAUGACAUACUGGCUAUUUAUUAUGCUGUCAGAAAGUUUGGCUUAACUCUUGACAAGUCCAUAAGAUGUUCUAAUUCUGUUCUCUGAAUUUUGAACCUCAGCUCCCAGGGUAGGACUGGGUGAUUCUCACCAGUGAUGUGCUCAGGCAUGAAUUUCCAGAACUCUUUAAAAUCCUGGGGUAAAGAACAUAAUUGAGUUAAAGUUGAUUUGGUUUGGAUUUCAUUUAUUGUAGGAAUUGCAAGUCCCUGUCUCCAUAGCAGCAAGUAUUUCAAAAGCAAUAUCUAUGAAUUUUAACUUAUCUUGUUCUCUGACACAGUUGUAAGUGUAGAAUUACUCUUAAUUUUCUACAUUAAAUUUACUGUCUGAACCUAAGCUGUGAUGGAUCACAAACAACUCAAUUUUAUAUCUCUGUUCUCAGAGAAAACAAAUUUGGUUUCACAAUGAGAUCAAACUCUUCAUUGGGUUAUUUGUAAUUUGAGUAUAUCCUACCUAGGUCCUAAUUUGGCUUUCUUGUUUCCAAGUUCCUUCCAGUUGUUUGAAGAGGGAAAGGUUUAUAAACACUUGCUAGAGACAAGAGGUGAAAAAUACAAAACAAAUGUUAAUUUCUGUUUAUAAAUUUAAAAAAUACGCUGUUCUUAAAAAUGUUUUCUGUACUAUUUUCUGUUGCUUUGGUCGUAUCUUGGGGAAAAUACGCUGGCUCAUUUUCACAUAGGAAUUAAUUGAUGAUUAGCCUGAUGCAGCCAGAGGACAGUUUCACUUCCCUGCUGUUUUUAUUGCCUCUGAGAAGCUUGGAAAAGGCAAAAGGAAGAAACUGUACUGCUAAAACCACUGAAAAAUGGGAAAAAAGGUGGAAAACCACAUACGGACAAAAGAACCCCCAAACACAACAAAGCUAUAGAUGCUCUGAUAAACCUGAUAAAACAUGCUAAAACCCACUAAAACAUAAAAAGUUGCUUACAACACCAGAACACACCAUGCUAUGUACAUGACUUCAUAGAAUCUCAGGGCCUUCCAGCUUGGGUUGGUGCUGCACCAGAGAUGUGACACCCAGGAGCAGUGCUGGUCUCUGCCACACCACAUUGAGUCUUACCCCUGUGUCAGGAUGGAGAUUCAAGAAGUCAGAGGGGUGAAGGACAAACUCUGGACUUCAAAAUAUGACACUCCAACUUCUUUAAAAGUUCCACCUUGCUGAUUAGAUAUUUGUUGCCUGCUUGAGGACUGUGACAUUUGGCACACGGUGCAUUAAACAGCGGGUAGUGCAGGAGCUAAACAAAGCCAUCAGCUAUCCCCUGAGCUAUCACUAUCACUCUGCCACUAUCAGCUAUCCACUAAGCACAUCAAACAUUCUCAGAGAGACUUAAAGAAUAAUGAACACUAUUUGCCUAAUUACUUGUUGCGUAGCUAACUGAUUGUUUUGACAGUAAAAUUACUUUCAUUUAGAUGUCUGAUUACAUAGGACAUGAUUUUUUUUUUUAAAUUUUUUUUUUCCUCUUUUAAUUCAUCACUUCUUGCCCUGCCACUAUUCCAUUCUGUGUUCCCAUGGAGUUUAAUCCUCAUGUCUCUGAAAUAUUAAAACCACUUGAGGCACAAGGUCAAUGUUGCCAUGCACGCGGUGAAUACUAAUGCAGAUCCUGUGUUUCAUAUUCCUGGCUGAGGCUUCCAGGAGGAGGAGGGAUCAGAAAACCUUUUAAGUGCUGCACUAACACUGACAGCUUUAUUAUAAUGUAAAUCAAAUAAGAGGAAACAUGUUU